CCGCCGCCGCCACCGUCAGUGUGCGUCUAGCAGUCAGUGGGGGAGGAUGUGCGCGAUGCCCCGCUGGCCACCUCUCUUAGCCCUUCCGCUCCUCCUCCUGGUGGCGGUGGCGGGGGCGGCCGGGGAGACGAACGCCUACUUCGCCGACUGGGGCGUGAUCGGCGGGCGGCCGCAGGAGCCCACCUGCGUCGACAUACCCCAGAACAUGCCCCUCUGCUCUGGCAUCGACUACGACAAGAUGCGGCUGCCCAACCUGCUGGAGCACGACACCUUGAAGGAGGCGCAGCAGCAGGCGGGCUACUGGGUGCCGCUGCUCAACCUCCGCUGCCACCCCAACACCCAGCUCUUCCUGUGCUCGCUCUUCACGCCCGUGUGCCUCGAGAGCCCCAUCUACCCGUGCCGCAGCCUGUGCGAGGCCGUCCGCAGCGGGUGCGAGCGCCGCAUGCAGACCUACAGCUUCCCCUGGCCCGAGAUGCUCAGCUGCGACAAGUUCCCCUUGGACAAUGAUAUGUGUAUCACUGUGCAGCACAGCGCCGCCCCUGGCCCAGAAAUUGUGCAAGAUGGGGAGUGCCCGGCCUGCAGUCCCGUUGAGACCUACGAGAACAUCCUGGACAACUACUGCCGGGCAGACCUGGUUGUGAAAACACGUGUGAAGAAACAGCGCAGAGCACAACUGGUGAUCAAGAAGUCUAGACGAAUAUACAAGAGCAUGAAGUCUACGGAGGAUGAGAGACGAGCACUGAAACGCAUUCGUUUCUCUUUGACUGAAGAAGCAAGCUGUUGUUCCAUUGCUCCUUCCAGGAAACCAUUCCUUAUAAUGGGUCGUCAACUUGGGGCAGUAUUCAUACCAACUUUCGUCAUGCCAUACAAGAAGUCAAAGCCUUUACGUCAAGCUCUGAAGAUGUUUCGUCGUGGCCUGAACUGUUCUGACCCCAAUCUGAUUACAAACAACUUAGAGGCUACGCCACUCACUAAACAACGGACCGAAGAUGAAGGAUCUAAUGGAAAUAUUAAAACUCGCCCAAAGAGUUGCCAGAAAAGAUGCAGAAAAAACUGUAGCAAAAGAUGUAAGAAGAAUCGUGGAAAGACUUGUCUCGGUAACUGCGGCAAGAACUGCCGCAAGAUUUGUCGUGAGAAUCGUACUCCUCGUGGUCGAAAUAGGAAAACUGGUUCACAUCAGAAUCGUUCUGCUUCUAAUGGCAACAGAAAGCCUCUUAAAGAUGUUUUACCCCUCGAUGGCAUUAGUGAAAUAACAAAUUUUGUGCCAUCUAAUAUUGAACAUCCAGUAUCAAACCAAGAAGGUAAUCAAAAUAUCCAGGAAACAGUGCGAGAUGAACAGUAAAAAUCCCCUAAAAGGGAUGUUAAAAACUAUUUAGUUAAUCAGAAUGAAGCAGAGUACUGUACUGUACACUCCUAUAGAGGCUUGCAAAUAACUGUGGCACCUUGCAGCCAAUAAUUCAUUGACAGUGGUUGAAGAUACUGUAAUAAUAAUCGAAGAUUAGUCAAAUAGAACUACAAAUAAAUGCUUUUCAAUUUGUUUUAGAUACCUAUUAUCUCUUUUGCAAGAUACUUGUCUAGACAUUUUUUGUUGCUGUAAUUGUUCUUUUUGAAAUUGAUUUUGUAGUCGUGUGUGAGAAAAAUAUACAAACAUUUUCAUAAAUCAAAUAAUAAUAUGAGGUAAUAUCAACUGCAUAAACCUCAGGACUAAUAAAACGAAGUGAAAUGACUUGUGUGUGUGAUCUUAUCAUCGCUAAAUGAUGAAGUGUCAUCAUAAACAAUAAGUAUCCCGGAUAUCAUCUUUACGUUUAGAGUAUAAUAGUUUAAACAGACUAGUGGUGUAACUGUGCUGUUUUACAGUUACACCCCAUCCAAGCUACAUACUGUACUCUCUAUAGAGAGUACAAUAUAUUGUAUAGUCUAGAUGGGGUGUAACUGUGCUGCUACUGCUAUAAAGUACAGUAUAUAUACUCAAUACAUACACACUCAUAGAUACUGUAUUUACAUAAUUUUAUGCAAGCUGUAGAACAUGCAUCUUGUGGAUUAAAGUCACUUGAUGGCAGCCAACUAUAUGCAUAGAAUGUCACAAUAAUAUGGCUAAAAAAUAGUAACCUUGACCCAUACGUGAAGGUGAUGCCCUUUUAAUCCAGGGUGGGCUGAAUUGUUGUCAUUUUCCUAUCAUUUCAUGUGUGGGGUUGGGUUACUAGCCAGCUAUAUUUACAGUCCAAUCUCAAUUUGAUGAACUACAUGGGACCAACCCCGAAUAAUUGCAACCGAGAUUUGCCGAAGUGAGAUUCAUCGAACUAAGGUUGUACUGUGCAUUUAAAACCCUAGAUUAUUAAAAUACUAAAGGUCUCAUUAGAAACACAAAAUAAUAUGGAUUUUGUGCCAUUGACACUGUACAGUAUUAGGACCUUUAUCUGAGUACUUUAAUUACAUUAGAACACUUGAAUGAUAAGACCAAAAUGAUUUGUAUAAAUAACUACUGCCUCAUCAAUCCAUAUUCAAAAUCUCUAUUUGAAUAUAUCAUGCUUGGGGCAGUUAUUCAAGAUAACCAUAGUGUUUUACUCGUGAUUUACAAUGUAUAUGUGGGUAUAAUUUGAUACAAAUUUUAAUAGUUAAAAAAAAAAUGUAAUAAUUCUUAUUAUAAAGAUAGAAGAUAUAAGCAUAUACUUUGUAUUAAAUAAUUAUGAACAGAUGUCUUAGUUUAUCAUAAUCUAUAUUUUGAAAAUCAAAAUAUUUACUCAGAAAAUAUUCUUGAGUUUAGUAUCUUGUACUUUGUGUAAAAUUACUAAUAAUUUCACAAAGAAAAAUUUAUUUCUAUAAUACUUUAAGUGACUGAAGUAAACACAGAGAGAACUAAGCAAAUUACUGUAGUUUCAUAAUCACAUAAUACAGUGUUGCUCCACACACCUCUAAUGUACCAACCUGUCCUCUUAAAAUAACGUCGCUUUUUGCUUGUGUGUUAUGGCCAAAAAUGGACGUAAUUUGAAAUGAAGCGUUAGCAUAGCGUUUCUGCCCGAAACGCUAUGCGCGCUAGUGGUUUUACAAGAAUGUAAAACUUCAAAUCUCUGUACUCUAAAACCCAAAGUACCUUCUUUUAUAUAAAUAAAUAAAUAAAUAAAUAAAAAUUAAAUCAGCUCACGAAAGUGAUGAACUGACCCAUUUUCUGUUUUAGUCCUCCGGUUUACUUGGUUAGGUUAGAAGAAACUUUCAAUUAAUGGUUUUCAUGACUUUUGAAAUCUUGGGAGAACUUCUUGCCCUCCUAACCUACCAGAGGACUCUUAACUUGCUGUUUUUGAGAAAAUAAAACUGUAAAAUUUA